AUGGUUCAGGUAAAAGAAUUUGCUGUGGAACAAUGGAUGGAUAAAUAUGAACACAGUGCUAAGUACAACAUAGCAGAGACGUGUUGUGCCUCAAUCUCACUGAAGGAUCUGCAAGAGCUGUCUGAGGAUAAAUCUCUGAGUCCUUUGGACCUCGCUACCAAGCUCACAUACGGGGCCAUUCGAGGUUCAGAGCGGCUUCGAGGGACCUUGGCUAACCUCUACUCGGUCAAGACACCGACCCCUUUACCUUCUGAUCACGUCUUGAUCACCCCAGGUGCUAUUCAGGCUAACUUCCUUCUGCUCUAUUCAUUGGUUGGGCCCGGUGACCAUGUCAUCUGUCACUACCCUACGUAUCAGCAGCUCUACUCGGUCCCAACUUCGCUUGGAGCCGAAGUGAGCCUGUGGAAAUCCAAGGAGAAUAAUGGGUGGAAAUUAGAUAUUGACGAAUUAAAGCAGAUGAUUCGCCCCAAUACCAAGCUAAUUAUCCUUAAUAAUCCGCAGAAUCCUACUGGGGCUGUGAUCCCUCAAGCUACUCUGGAGGAGAUCGUGGAGAUUGCACGUAGCUCAUCGAUCUUUAUCCAUGCAGAUGAGGUCUACCGGCCUAUUUUCCACUCCAUUAACCCCAUGGAGCCUGAUUUCCCCUCAUCUAUCCUAUCGCUGGGGUAUGACCGUACGAUCGCAACUGGCUCAAUGUCCAAAGCGUACAGCCUAGCGGGCAUUCGCGUGGGAUGGAUUGCCUCUCGUGAUCGGUCUGUUAUAGAGACGUGCGCUGCCGCACGGCAUUACACUACCAUCUCAGUGAGCCAAUUAGAUGAUGCCAUUGCCAGCUAUGCCCUAGAUGCGAGCUGCAUCCAUAAUCUCUUGAAGCGGAAUAUUCAGUUAGCAAAAACGAAUCUGGCGAUCCUGGAAAAAUUCAUCGAAUCCUAUCGGUGGGCAUGCGAAUGGGUCAAGCCACGCGCGGGAACGACGGCGUUCGUGCGAUUCAGUAAAAUGGGCAAACCAGUAAAUGAUGUUGCCUUUUGUGAAAUGCUGCUCGAUCGCACUGGCGUCAUGUUUGUCCCAGGAAGUCAGUGUUUUGGUGAAGGGGAGGAUUUCAGAGGCUAUGUCCGGAUCGGAGUUGUCCAAGAAACACAUGUGUUAGAGGAGGGGUUAGAGGCAUUGACAAAAUUUAUGGAGGAUGGGUAUGAAGAGGUUCCCGUCUUCUCGUUAUUCUAUGAUGUAACAUUGAUCGGAGGCUUAACCAAAGCCAUUCUCAGAUCACGCUUGGCACUACGCCGUGACCACCUGAACUUUUUUUAUAUACUAGAGCAGUACGCCCUAGCUCCGGCGACAAAGAAUAACCAAUUUAUCGUCUACAAUGGUCGUGUCUGGACCUUCUACGAAACUUACCUAAUGGCAUUGCGAUAUGGCGCCUGGUUCAAAAAAGUGCAUGGUGUUCAACCCAAGGAGAUUGUGGCUAUGGACUUUAUGAACUCUUCAACCUUCGUUUUCCUCUUGCUAGGCCUCUGGAGUAUCGGCGCAAUACCCGCAUUUAUUAAUUACAACUUAGCAGGGAAGCCUCUUACACACUGCAUCAGAACGUCAACUGCUAGAUUAUUGGUGGUUGACGAUGAAAUCCGUCAGCAAUUUACACCCGAGCAAAAGGAGACAUUGGCGUCGCCAGAGUUCCACGAAAAUGGGGGCUCAGUCGAUGUAGUCUUCUUCACACCCGAAGUGGAAGCCCAAAUCAUGCAGAUGGAAGCCACACGUGAGGAUGACAGCGUGCGUGGUGGUUCUGCCCUGCGUGACUUGGCUAUGCUUAUCUAUACGAGCGGCACUACCGGUCUCCCGAAACCCGCUAUCGUCAGCUGGAAGAAGUGCUGGAACGGUGCUGUAUUUGUUACCAAUUGGCUGGGGUUAACUAAGGAUGACCGCUUUUUCACGUGCAUGCCACUCUACCACUCCUCAGCUGCUAUCCUGGGAUUCGCAACUUGCCUAAUGAGCGGAUCAACCCUGAUCAUUGGCCGCAAGUUCUCCGCUAGAAAUUUCUGGAAAGAAGCUCGCGAGAAUAACGCAACUAUUGUACAAUACGUAGGAGAGACUCUGCGGUACUUGAUGGCCAUUCCCCCUGAAAUCGAUGCUGUCUCUGGAGAGGAUUUGGACAAGAAGCACAAUGUUCGCGCAGUUUUUGGAAACGGCUUGCGGCCCGAUAUCUGGGCUCGCUUCAAAGAGCGUUUCAAUGUACCCACAGUUGCCGAGUUCUAUUCGGCAACUGAAGGCACCUCUGGGUCUUGGAAUCUCUCAUCCAACGACUUCACAACUGGGGCAAUUGGGCGAAACGGCUCGCUCAGCAGGCUGAUUCUGGGAGGCGGCCUUACCGUUGUCCAGAUUGAUCAUGAGACUCAGCAACCUUGGCGGGACCCUCAGACAGGUUUCUGCAAAGCAGUGCCACGAGGCGACCCCGGUGAGCUCCUGUAUGCCAUCAACCCGGCGGAUCCUGCCGAAAGUUUCCAAGGAUAUUUCAAGAACUCCAAUGCCACUGAAAGCAAAAUCGUCCGCGACGUGUUUCGGAAGGGCGAUGCAUACUUCCGCUCUGGCGACAUAGUGCGAUGGGAUACUGAAGGUAGAUGGUACUUCAAUGACAGACUCGGCGACACCUUCCGGUGGAAAAGUGAGAACGUGUCUACCAGUGAAGUGGCCGAGGUAUUGGGCACACACCCAGACGUGCAUGAAGCUAACGUCUAUGGUGUGGCGCUGCCCAAUCAUGAUGGGCGUGCUGGCUGCGCCGCCAUCAUCUUGAAGCAACAGCACCAAGCAGCUGACCCAUCGGUGCUUGUUCAUCCAACUCAAGAGAUACUCAGCAGCCUUGCGGCCCAUGUUCUAAAGAACUUACCUCGUUUCGCGGUCCCCCUUUUCCUCCGGUUCGCGCCGGAAAUGCAAGGGACAGGAAACAACAAGCAACAGAAGCAUGUGUUGCGAACUGAAGGCGUAGACCCGUCUCUAGUCAAUAGUUCAGACAAGCUGUAUUGGCUCCAAGGGGACAAGUACGAGCCAUUUGAGCAGAAAGACUGGAGUCGAUUGCAGGGUGGGCAAGUGAAGUUGUAG